CUCAGGUGUACCAAUGAGUUCAUACAAAAUAAUCCUGAAAUCAUAAUAACUGAAUCUGACAAAGGCAACUGUACAGUGGUUAUGUUCAAGGAAGAAUACAUUAGAGGAGUCACAGGACUUCUCGAGGAUGAAGAAACAUAUAAACCUCUAAACAAGGACCCCACAAAGAAGAUACAAGACAAAGUAAAUAACAAGUUGAAAGAAAUGAGGACAGCUGGAUUAAUAAAUGAGAUCGAAUACAGAACGUUAAUCAGACACAACAGUGUAAUACCUAAAUUGUACUGUCUGAGAAAAACUCACAAAGAUACAUUGAGUUUGAGACCAAUCGUAAGUAACAUCAAUGCACCCACAUACAACCUGGGAAAGCUUAUGCAUGACAUUCUAUCCAAAGUUUUAUCAACAUCACCAUAUAAUGUUAAAAAUUCCAUUCAGGCAAAGGAGAUUAUAAAAAAUAUCGUGGUACCAAAAGGCUAUAUUCUUAUAUCACUGGAUGUGGUUUCCCUGUUUACAAAUAUUUCCAAGGACCUGGUAAUCAGAGUUGCACACAAAAGAUGGAACUAUAUCAAGAAUUUUACUACCCUGGACAAAGCUACCUUCAUAUCACUGAUUGAAUUAUGUUUUGAAGGAGGAUAUUUUAGUUUCAAUAACAAAUUUUACCAACAAUUAAAUGGAACUGCAAUGGGAGCACCUGCCAGCACCUCCUUUGCAAAUUUGGUGAUGAAUGACCUGUUUGACUUUGUUUGCGAUAGAUUAACUUUUCGCAUUCUUUUAAUGUUACUUUAUGUGGACGACACUCUGAUGUUGAUUCCCUUGGAGAUGAGACAAACCAUAUUUGACCUGUUCAACUCAUACCACCCUAGUAUAAAGUUCACUAUAGAAGAUGAAAAUGAAAACAAAAUUCCUUUCUUAGACCUUUUAAUAACCAGAGAAGAGACCAAUUUGACGACCUGUUGGUACACGAAAACUAUAAAUUCAAAUAGGAUUAUAAACUACUACAGCAACCAUAGUAACACCCAAAAAGUCAACACUGCAAUCAGCCUGAUGUACAGAGCAUUGUCAUUAAGUGACAGCAAAUUUAGAGAAGAGACUACACAGAAAGUUUGCAAAAUUUUAAGAGAAAACAACUACCCAAAAUAUAUCAUCCAACGUGUUGUAAAUAAGGCCAAAGAAAAAGUAAUGUGUACGAGAAACAACAUUCAACAGAAAAACAAAGAAACUACACAAUACUGCAGAUUCCCUUUUAUACCUGGACUCUCACAGAAAAUUUCCAGGAUCUUUAAGAGGAUUAAUUGCACAUGUGCCUUCUACAACAAGACCACAACAAAGAAAUACUUCACACAGUUGAAGGAUAGUGUACCAACAAAUUUGCAAUCAUCAGUGGUGUAUAACAUCCCAUGCUCGAACUGCGACAAGGCCUACAUCGGACAGACGAAACAGCUGUUAAAAGACAGAAUUAGACAACAUAAAACAGACUCCAACAACAUCACACAUAAAGAGAAAACUGCUCUGACUUCACAUACAUUCAAAGAAGGACACAAAUUCAAUUUCGAGGAAACGACAAUACUUGACCAUGAAAACAACAACUAUCGGAGAAACAUAAGUGAAAUGAUUCACAUAACACUGAACAAAACAGUGAAUUAUAGAGAAGAUGUCAAUAGACUCAGCACCAUAUAUAACAGUCUAUUAGUUCCUUUGAGAAAAUAAUCGGGAUUAUGUUUGAUGACUUCUGUGCUCCCUUGUCAAAAGAAUUUUUUAAACAGUACUCUGUGAUCCUAACCCAUAAAUUUUCAGUGUUUUUUUUUCCACGAUAUUGUGAGAGUUCUGGAAUAUUGAAGUAGAAAAAUAGAAAAUAGACCUGAAUGUAUGGCCAUUUUAAAAGGAAUACGGUGGAACAGAUUGAUAUAUGUUUUUAUUGUGAUGACUCAAUUCCUGUAGAAUCAUUAAUCCUUGAUAAAGGUCCGAUUUGAGACCGAAACGUCGGUGUUUUUGAUGUAAAAGAGGAAUAUCGAAAUAUACAUAUCCAAAUACCUGAAAAGUUUUCACAUUAUUACAUAACAUGGAUGAUAAUAUGCAACAUAACCUAUUUCGUGGUGGACUUUUCCAACAUAUUAGAAGUGAACAUGACGAUGUUACCUACCGUGAUUGCAAGAGUUUGGUCAAUAGCAGGAAAAAGAUGGCAUCUUUGAUCAACAGAAGAAUUUUCCUUCUACGCUGCAGAACAGAAGACAU